AUGUCAGGGAACUCGCUAUCUUGGGCACUGCGAAGUUACGAGGACUGGAAGUAUGGCAUCAACCGGCAGCUGCAGGUGCACUUCCACGAGAUCUGCAAGAUGAGGCCGGUUAAUGGGCAGCAGCAGGCCGAGAACCAUGACCUGUGCUGCUUCCUUGACGAGGACCGGCUCAAGACCAAACGCCUGGCACGCCACUGGCAGCUCUUUGGGCAACUCACGGUGCAGGUGCUGCAUGACAAGGUGGCCGCCUGCCUCCACAAGCUGGCUGGCCUAGAGGGCCUCCAGGAGCGCCUGGCCAAGGACAACCUGGAGGAGCUCUGCCUGGCCCUUGACAAGGAGUGUGCCUUUGCGCAGCCCGGCACCAGCGGUGGCUCCUCAGAGCUUAGCCUGCCCUGCGGGCCCCACAACCUGGGCACCGGCAGCUCCAGCACAAGCAGCGUCAGCAGCCUGGACCAGCUCUGCCUCACCUGCACCCCUGACAACUAA